GACUGAUUUAUCUCCAUUACUCCAUUGUGGGCACACCAGGCUCUUGGGACAGGUUGAGGCUAAUGGAAAGUUGGAACACUUUAGGCUACCAAAGGACAAGAAAACAGCGUGUGGAAAAAUAACCCCCGCCAGCCCUACAAUCCGCGUUGCCCCUCGAAGCUCUGAGUCUCAACCCCAGGAGAAGGCGGAACGGAAGAGCCACGGAACCAUAAGCCAGGGAGCUGCGCGGGCGGAAGGAGGAGGAACCGAGCACCAGGUAGGCCUCGCUUCCCGGCGUGGAGGCUUCGAGAUGGAGCCCUUACGGGUCCUAGAGCUGUACAGCGGCAUUGGAGGCAUGCACCAGGCGCUGCGAGAAAGCUGUAUACCUGCAAAAGUGGUGGCUGCCAUUGAUGUAAACACUGUUGCUAAUGAAGUAUACAAAUAUAAUUUUCCUCACACCCAGUUACUUGCCAAGACAAUUGAAGGUAUUACACUAGAAGAGUUUGACAGAUUAUCUUUCAAUAUGAUUUUAAUGAGCCCUCCCUGUCAACCAUUCACAAGAAUUGGCCUGCAAGGUGAUGUGACAGAUCCAAGGACAAAGAGCUUCUUAUAUAUUCUAGAUAUUCUCCCAAGGUUACAAAAAUUACCAAAGUAUAUUCUUUUAGAAAAUGUUAAAGGUUUUGAAGUAUCUUCUACAAGAGACCUCUUAGUGCAAACAAUAGAAAAUUGCGGCUUUCAGUACCAAGAAUUUCUAUUGUCUCCAACCUCCCUUGGCAUUCCAAAUUCAAGACUACGCUAUUUCCUUAUCGCAAAGCUUCAGCCAGAGCCAUUCUCUUUUCAAGUCCCUGGGCAGAUAUUAAUGGAGUUCCCCGAAAUUCACUUUGAAGUCCUGCAAAAACAUGCAAUAGAUCCAGAAAAGAAACUUGAAGAAAAGAUAAUCGAACCACAUAAUUGCUUUGAUAAUAGCACGCAAUAUUCUCAAAAAGAGACUGUUCUUUUUAAGCUUGAAACUGCAAAAGAAAUUGACAGAAAACAUCAACAGGAUAGCGAUCUCUCUGUGCAAAUGUUAAAAGACUUUCUUGAAGAUGAUAUUGACAUGAAGCAGUACUUUUUACCACCAGAGUCACUGUUGCGAUAUUCUCUUUUGUUAGAUAUUGUUAAGCCUACUUGCCGAAGGUCCACCUGCUUCACAAAAGGUUAUGGAAGGUACAUAGAAGGAACAGGAUCUGUGUUGCAAACUACAGAGGAUGUACAGAUUGAGACUAUCUACAAAUCCCUUACCAAUUUGUCAGAAGAAGAAAAGAUAGCAAAAUUGUUACUGCUUAAACUUCGAUAUUUCACUCCUAAAGAAAUAGCAAAUCUUCUUGGAUUUCCUCCAGAGUUUGGAUUUCCUGAGAAUAUAGCUGUGAAACAGUGCUAUCGUCUACUUGGAAAUAGUCUCAAUGUGCUUGUAGUAGCGAAACUAAUAAAAAUUCUAUGUGAAUAAGUUUGAAAUAAUUCUGAAAGAUGGUCAUGGCAAUUCCUUCAUGUCUGGGUAAUAAUUGUGAAAUUCUGUUUUGAAUUUUGAUGAAGUCCAACUACAUUUUAAUUUCUCUUUAACAAGAAAUUUGGAAUUUUUUACAAAAAUAACAAUUUGUUU